CCGACCCUACAAUAUUUCCUUCCUUCUCCUCCACAGAAAAACUCAACCCUUAAUUCUCUCUGCGUUUUGGUUUCUACCCAGUUUCCAACUGUUUAAUUUCAAAAGCGAAGUUUUCAACUUUCAGCCAUGGGAAGAUCACCUUGUUGUGACAAGAAUGGGCUUAAGAAAGGACCAUGGACGCCGGAGGAAGAUCAGAAGUUGCUUGAUUAUAUCAGCAAACAUGGAUACGGCAACUGGAGAACCCUCCCCCAAAAUGCUGGGUUGCAGAGGUGCGGGAAAAGUUGUCGUCUUCGAUGGACUAAUUACUUACGACCUGAUAUCAAGAGAGGCAAAUUUUCUUUAGAAGAAGAAGAAGCAAUUAUUCAGUUGCAUAAAAUAUUGGGUAACAAGUGGUCUGCGAUUGCUGCUCGAUUGCCGGGGAGAACAGAUAAUGAAAUCAAGAAUUAUUGGAACACCCACAUCAGAAAGAAGCUUCUUCGGAUGGGAAUUGAUCCAGUAACUCAUAGUCCAAGACUGGAUCUUCUCGACUUGUCUUCAUUUCUAAGCUCGUGUCUGUACAAUUCAUCAUCGUCCAAUUACUCCAGAUUACUCGAUCUUCAACAAUCCAUGGUUAACCCGGAAUUCCUAACCCUAUCCACUUCACUUUACCCGGAAAAUGGAGACCAAACCGAAAAUAAUAAUAACCAAACAGCCAGUAGUUUUCUUCUCCAAAAUUCUCAGCAAACCCAACUCUCCAAUUCUCAUUUUCCCCUUGAUACCCAGUACCAAACACUUGGUCAACAAAUCCCAUGCUCUACCCCAUUGGUUUUCUGUAACGAAGAACAGGUGAUGAGCAAUGCGGGACAACUCGGAAACUUUAACAGCGAAUUGAGUUGCCGUCAAUGGCAGACGGAUCAAAAUCUAGGGUUGUCUUCUGAUUUGGGUAAAUCAGAAGAAAGUUACGUGCCUUUGCCAGCAAGCUACGAUGAUCAUAAUAAUUACUACAAUUAUGAGAUGAUGGAUCCUUCGUUUUCCAACAGCAAUAAUCAAAAUUUUAACUUUGGUUCUUCAAGUCCAACUCCACUGAAUUCAAACUCGACUUAUAAUAACAUCAACAGCAGCAGCACCAUUACCGAUCAAGAUGAAAGAGACAGCUACUGUAGCAACUUUAUCAACUUUGAGAUCCCAGAAACUUUGAAUGUUAAUGAGUUCAUGUAAUUCAUCAUGGGGAGAGAAAGAGAUCGAUUGUCUCAAAUUUUAUUGGGUUCUUUUUUCUUUUUCUUUUUUUUUCUU